AUGGACACGUCUCAGCUGUGUAAGCUGUUCAUAGGAGGCCUCAACGUCCAGACUACGGAGGCCGGCCUCAGGAGUCACUUCGAGGGCUACGGCACCCUGACGGACUGUGUGGUGGUGGUGAACCCGCUGACCAAGCGCUCCCGCUGUUUCGGCUUCGUCACCUAUUCCUCCGCUGAGGAAGCCGACGCCGCUGUGGCCGCCUCCCCUCACGUGCUGGAUGGCACCAACGUGGAGCUGAAGAGAGCCGUGUCCCGGGAGGACUCGUCCAAGCCCGGCGCCCACGCCAAAGUCAACAAGCUGUUCGUGGGGGGGCUGAAGACGGACAUCGAGGAGGCCCACCUC